AUGAAGGACGGCAUCGCCUCUGGAGCGAAGGCGGCAGGGGAUGCGGUUGCGGAGAAGGCAGUGGACGUUAAGGACAACAUCGCGUCUCAGGCCAAGACUACGUGGGACACUGCAGCCCACAAGGCCGAGGAUGCUAAGGACAACCUGGCUUCUCAGGCCAAGACCACUCUGGAUACCGCAGCCCACAAGGCCGAUGAUGCUAAGGACAACAUCGC